UAGGAGGAGAGCAUUGGAGCUGUUUUCUUCUUGAUGCCAAGAUACGUCAAGCUAGGAGCACUCUCUUUUCACACUCAUCCGUCAAGAACAGGCCUGCAGGACGUGGGGACCAAGACUAGAGCUUUGCUGCUCCCUGGCCACUCCUGGCUGCCUGGGGGCAUGGCCUCUGUCGGCAACUGAGCACUGCCUGAGUGGCAAGGAGCACCAGCAUGGGUUACCUGGUUGGCCGCCCUCAGCACCCCCGCUGCUGAAGCUGCCCCGGAGAGACUUGUGGGGGCUGCCCCACCCAUGCUGACCCAGGCUGUGGGGCCAGGGGCCUGCCAAGGCUAGGAGUGGGGCCUGCCGUUCAUGGGUCUCUAGGGAUUUCCGAGAUGCCUGGGAAGACAGGCUGGGGCUGGUGGUGGGCCCGGCUGCCUCUUUGCCUGCUCCUUAGCCUUUAUGGCCCCUGGGUGCCUUCCUCCCUGGGGAAGCCCAAGGGCCACCCCCACAUGAAUUCCAUCCGCAUAGAUGGGGACAUCACACUGGGAGGCCUGUUCCCGGUACACGGCCGGGGCUCGGAGGGCAAGGCCUGCGGGGAACUUAAGAAGGAGAAAGGCAUCCACCGACUGGAGGCCAUGCUCUUUGCCCUGGAUCGCAUCAACAAUGACCCGGACCUGCUGCCCAACAUCACGCUGGGCGCCCGCAUUCUGGACACCUGCUCGAGGGACACCCAUGCCCUCGAGCAGUCACUGACCUUUGUGCAGGCGCUCAUCGAGAAGGAUGGCACAGAGGUCCGCUGUGGCAGUGGUGGCCCACCCAUCAUCACCAAACCUGAACGUGUGGUGGGCGUCAUCGGUGCUUCUGGGAGCUCAGUCUCCAUCAUGGUGGCCAACAUCCUUCGCCUCUUCAAGAUCCCCCAGAUCAGCUACGCCUCCACAGCCCCUGACCUGAGUGACAACAGCCGCUACGACUUCUUCUCCCGUGUGGUGCCCUCGGACACGUACCAGGCCCAGGCCAUGGUGGACAUCGUCCGCGCCCUCAAGUGGAACUACGUGUCCACGCUGGCCUCGGAGGGCAGCUAUGGCGAGAGCGGCGUGGAGGCCUUCAUCCAGAAGUCCCGGGAGGAUGGGGGCGUGUGCAUCGCGCAGUCAGUGAAGAUACCCCGGGAGCCCAAGCCUGGGGAGUUCGAUAAGAUCGUCCGGCGCCUCCUGGAGACCUCAAAUGCCAGGGCGGUCAUCAUCUUUGCCAAUGAGGAUGACAUCAGGCGUGUGCUGGAGGCCGCGCGGAAGGCCAACCAGACAGGCCACUUCUUCUGGAUGGGCUCCGACAGCUGGGGCUCCAAGAGCGCCCCCGUGCUGCACCUGGAGGAGGUGGCCGAGGGCGCUGUCACUAUCCUCCCCAAGAGGAUGUCAGUGCGAGGCUUCGACCGCUACUUCUCCAGCCGCACGCUGGACAACAACCGGCGCAACAUCUGGUUUGCUGAGUUCUGGGAGGACAACUUCCAUUGCAAGCUGAGCCGCCACGCGCUCAAGAAGGGCAGUCACGUCAAGAAGUGCACCAACCGAGAACGCAUUGGGCAGGACUCGGCGUAUGAGCAGGAGGGGAAGGUACAGUUUGUGAUUGACGCCGUGUAUGCCAUGGGCCACGCACUGCACGCCAUGCACCGCGACCUGUGUCCUGGCCGUGUGGGGCUCUGCCCGCGCAUGGACCCUGUGGAUGGCACCCAGCUCCUCAAGUACAUCCGCAACGUCAACUUCUCAGGCAUUGCGGGGAACCCCGUGACCUUCAAUGAGAACGGAGAUGCCCCUGGCCGCUAUGACAUCUACCAGUACCAGCUGCGCAAUGGCUCGGCUGAGUACAAGGUCAUCGGCUCCUGGACGGACCACCUGCACCUCAGAAUAGAGCGGAUGCACUGGCCGGGGAGUGGGCCGCAGCCGCCCCGCUCCAUCUGCAGCCUGCCUUGCCAGCCGGGUGAGCGGAAGAAGACCGUGAAGGGGAUGCCGUGCUGUUGGCACUGUGAGCCGUGCACGGGGUACCAGUACCAGGUGGACCACUAUACCUGUAAGACGUGCCCGUACGACAUGCGGCCCACCGAGAACCGCACGGGCUGCCGGCCCAUCCCCAUCAUCAAGCUGGAGUGGGACUCGCCCUGGGCCGUGCUGCCCCUCUUCCUGGCAGUAGUGGGCAUCGCUGCCACGCUCUUCGUAGUGGUCACCUUCGUGCGCUACAACGACACACCCAUCGUCAAGGCCUCAGGCCGAGAGCUGAGCUACGUGCUGCUGGCCGGCAUCUUCCUGUGCUACGCCACUACCUUCCUCAUGAUCGCUGAGCCCGACCUGGGGACGUGCUCUCUGCGCCGUAUCUUCCUGGGACUGGGCAUGAGCAUCAGCUACGCGGCCCUGCUCACCAAGACCAACCGCAUCUACCGCAUCUUCGAGCAGGGCAAGCGGUCGGUGAGCGCGCCGCGCUUCAUCAGCCCUGCCUCGCAGCUGGCCAUCACCUUCAGCCUCAUCUCCCUGCAGCUCCUCGGCAUCUGCGUGUGGUUUGUGGUGGACCCGUCCCACUCAGUGGUGGACUUCCAGGACCAGCGGACGCUCGACCCCCGCUUUGCCAGGGGCGUGCUCAAGUGCGACAUCUCGGACCUGUCGCUCAUCUGCCUGCUGGGGUACAGCAUGCUGCUCAUGGUCACGUGCACCGUAUAUGCCAUCAAGACCCGCGGUGUGCCCGAGACCUUCAACGAGGCCAAGCCCAUCGGCUUCACCAUGUACACCACCUGUAUCGUCUGGCUUGCUUUCAUCCCCAUCUUCUUUGGCACCUCGCAGUCAGCAGACAAGCUGUACAUCCAGACGACGACGCUGACGGUCUCGGUGAGUCUGAGCGCCUCGGUGUCCCUGGGGAUGCUCUACAUGCCCAAGGUCUACAUCAUCCUCUUCCACCCGGAGCAGAAUGUGCCCAAGCGCAAGCGCAGCCUCAAAGCCGUCGUCACCGCCGCCACCAUGUCCAACAAGUUCACGCAGAAGGGCAGCUUCCGGCCCAAUGGUGAGGCCAAGUCUGAGCUCUGCGAGAACCUCGAGACCCCUGCACUGGCCACCAAACAGACCUACGUCACCUACACCAACCAUGCAAUCUAGCUAGGCCACCAGAGCCGAACAAGAGGAGGAGGACCCGAGACCCUUGUGGCUGAUGCGUCGGGCCAGGGCCACUCCCAGGGGCCCAGCUGAUGUCUUGCCUGCCCGUGGGUGCCCACGGACGCGGCUUGGUGCUGAGGACAGCAGAGCCCCCGGCAGUCACUGCCGGGCAGCCUGGGCAAGCCGGGCAGGUGACAGGAGGAGGACAAGAGGCCGGGCCGGCUGCAGGCCACCCCAAGAGCCUGCAUCUUGGACCAUGGCCCCUCCUGGCCCCAAAUGACAGGGGCUCAGGCUGCGUGGGCCCCAGAGCUGGUUUUCUCUCUCCCUUUGUCUCUGCUGUCGCACUGGUGACCGUCCCAGUCUGUUUCCAUCCCUGUCUUUAUUUUACCACUGCCUUUUCUGCGUCUGCACCUGUCUGUGUGCUCUGCUUUUCCCUAGCUGCUUUCUUUCUGCCUCUGCCCCCUCUUCCUCCUGCAUCCUCCGUCUCCAGAUCUUUCCAGUUUUUUCUCUUGUGCUCCCCUGGGUCUCCCAUGCAGGUUUCUUUCCUGUCCUCAGCCCCCUCCUUACCUUCAUUACAUCCAGCCCUUGCUUUCUCCCUGCACCCCCAUUCACCAAAUCUUACGUGUCGCAAAAGAGAAAAAGAAAAAAAAAUCCAAAACGCAAAAAAAGCCAAAACAAAAUCCAAUCUCAAGUGUGUUGCCAAGUGCCGCGUCUUCCCGGUGGCCUCUGUGUGUGUCCCUGCGGCCCGCAGCCUGCCCGCCUGCCCCCUGCCCGUCUGCCGUGUGUCUUGCCCCCGCCUGCCCCCCGCCUGCCCCUCCUGCCGAUGACACGGAGUUCAGUGCCUGGGUGUUUGGUGAUGGUUAUUGAUGACAAUGUGUAGCGCAUGACUGUUUUUAUACCGAGAACAUUUCUAAUAAAAAUAAACACAUGG